UUGGCUGGACUUUUUGUAGAAGCAUUUAUGCGACAAGUGGUCACUGCAGUAUAUCUGUGUCUCUCUUGUUUGCAGAAGCCAGAAGUGGCAACGACGGUUGUGAAUUUGUCAGGUUGAAAAGUAGAGUGUUCGCAGCAGAUCACCAAGCUCCAGAGUCAUAUCAUUGCUCCUUGCUUCUAGUUUGACGAUGGCACAGCUAGUGGAGAGUCUCGGUCCUGUAUCGCAGAGGAAGAAGACGGCGGUGAGAAACGAGGCAUUCGCGAUCGAGGACGACUUUCUGGACGACCUAGAUGCUCCGCCGAGGCCCCCGCCACCUUCAGAUAGCAAGCCUGGCCGUCCUCCGCCCCCUGGUGGUGAUGACUUCCCUGCCCCGCCGCCUGGCGACGAGGCUGAAACCGAAGUGGAUAACCUAACCAAAAUUCUGGUCAAGAACAUGGAGCAUGCUGGAGAGGAAGGAUUCUUUGGGUUCUGCAACAUUUGUGAGCAGAAGGUUAUUGGAAGUGAGAAUGGCGUUCAGGCAAUGGGAAAGAUCUACCACACAAACUGCUUUGUCUGCGGGAACUGCACAAGCGAACUACGAGGCAAGCCCUUCUUCACCGUGGAGACAGGCAUCCUGUGUGAUUCGUGUUAUCAUGGAACGUUAGAAAGAUGUGCCGUCUGUAAGGAUUACAUCAAGGACCGGAUCCUACGGGCUAUGGACAUGCCGUUCCAUCCGGACUGCUUCAAGUGCCACGACUGCCCGAAAAUGCUCGACGGUAUUCCGUUCACAACGGAUGCCGAUAGCCAAGUUUACUGCCUCGACUGCUACCACCGGAAAUUCGCCCCACGCUGUGCAAGUUGUCAGGAGCCUAUAGUCCCCGAAGAGGGCAAGGAGGAAACGCUCCGGGUAAUCUCUAUGGACAAGAGUUUCCACGUUGGUUGCUUCAACUGUCAGGAUUGUGGCAAGAAUCUGUCGGCAGGCGAGAAUGGCCAGGGCUGCUACCCGUACGAGGGGGCGCUCUUGUGCCGCGACUGCAAUAUCAAGCGUGUCCAAGCCGGAGGCGGAAAGUGAUGGCCACCACCAGGGGCCGUGGAGAUACUGCGUGUUCAAUGCAUGAACUGUCCGUACAUAUACGCCACACUUGCAGAUGGCAAUAACUACUGGAACUUUGACAUUGAAUUGCAUGUAUAUGCAUGCAUUGUUUGCUUCACUAAUUUAGCGAUCUGCAACUGGACAUUAGGUCUAUUUUUUCCUGGAAUAUACGGUAAUACAGAGCAUGGUCCAAACCGAUUUUCUUUUAUCACUGUUACACAUUAUAUUAGGUAAGAAAAAAUGCUUAUACGAGUAUGUUAUGUUCUAGAGCGUAGAUUUCGCAAUUAAAAUUUGAAAGUCUAUUGAGCACUCCCA